GACGUCUAUGUUGUUUCAAAUUGUCAUUUCGUACAAAUAAAAAAAAGUUUAAUGGGCUCCUUGGUAACCAAAAUCAGUCCCAAAUCCAAAAUGGCGAGUUCAGACGUACAGAAUUUUAUUAAAGGCGCAAUAUCCCAGGACAAAGUUGUGGUAUUUUCUAAAUCUUACUGCCCUUACUGCGAUAUGGCCAAAGAAGUCUUCCGUAAAGUGAAGCAGCCAAUCAAAGUAUAUGAGUUAAAUGAGCGUGACGAUGGUGCUGACAUCCAAGAAAACUUAGCUCAUAUCACUGGAUUUAGAACUGUACCACAAGUAUUCAUCAAUGGAAAGUGUGUGGGAGGCGGUUCAGAUGUGAAGGCAUUACAUUCUAGUGGACAACUGGAGCCCAUGCUCAUUGGAUAAAAUCAUUUAGAGUGUAUAUCUAUAACCUGUCUUCUGUUGUUGCUUGUUAAUGUGAAGCAUGACAAUUAAGAGAGUAUAGUUAUAUUUACAGUAAUGUUUCUCAAAGUACAAGUACCCUUAGAAAUAUUAUAAAUUUAUUCAAUCAAACUGUGCUUCACACAAUAAACCAUAAAAAAC